ACCUGAUUUGAUACGAAGUUACAGUCUUAGACAAAGUUUUUCAGCGGAAAAUUCCCUUUAGGAAUUUUAUAACAAAAACUGUCAGCUGGCUCGGUUCCACAAAAGAAACAAAAAUGAUGUUGAUUUUUCAGUACAAAAUAUAUAAUCUUCCCAUACAAACCUAAAAGUACAAAUUUACUCAUGUAAACAUUUCUUAAAAAUUCUACAAAAAAUCAUGGAUUUAUUAUAAACCAAAACGAAGCUUUUUAUUAUCCGAUAUUAUCCGAUUAACAUAAUCGUUGCUUAUGCCCGGCUAAGGUGUGUAGGAAUAAUAAUUUAUGGCUUAUUGAGCUUAAUGCAUCAUUAGAUAAAAUCGGCCGUCUUAUGGCUAUUGGUUGAUAAGCAGUAAGUCGAGGUAUUGACGGCAAUGACGCUCGCGAGAAGUCACCCUUGUUCGACAGAAGAUAUUUUUCGAGAGGGUGGUAUCGAUAGUUGGUCGUGCGUUUGGUGGAGCUACUUCGCAUCUCAACGUAUCGCCACGAGUAUCAUGAGCUGGAUAUACUAGUCAUUUAGUAGAACAUUGAUUUUUUGAAAGAGUCUUUUGAGAUUAUUUUUUUCCGCCAAUCUUUUGCUCGUAGUCUUCAAUAUGUUAAAACGAGGGGAUGUUUGAUGAUUAUCGGAUUUUUAACAUCAUAAUCAACAAUAUAAUCGUAUUCAAUACAAGCGUUAUCGUCAUUGUUUGUUCGCAUAUAAAACAGAAAUGAGCUAUAAAAUAUCUGAUUUGUUGCUACUUAGUUAUUCCACCCGAUUGGCAGUUCUUUGAGUUGAGUAGUAGAUUGUCUGGAGUACCUGUCAAAUAAGAUGAUUUUGAGGGUAAUAGUGCCGCUGGCUGUGAUUUCACUAUGUCAAGGGCUACCGACUUUCAUACAGUUUGAAAAUACUCCUGAAAAUAUUGCUCGGCUCAGGAACUUGAAACCCGAUGAGCUGGCCGAAGAGCUCAGUGGCCAGAUCGAGGGUGAUAUGAUCCUGACGGUGGAGCAGUACCGGGAUAUGUACCGCCGGAAUGGGCUGGUCGAGGAGAGGUACCGCUGGCCGGACAAUGUCGUACACUACGAGAUCGAGGAAGAGUAUUUCAACGCGGAUCAGAUCGAGCACAUCCUCACGGGAAUGCGACAGAUCGAACUGGUUAGCUGCGUGAAGUUCCGGAGGCGCGCACCCGGCCAGGAAGAUUACAUCCGAAUUCAUGGAAGUGGAUCCGGUUGCUCGGCCACGGUUGGUCAUGUCGGGGGUCAGCAGAACAUCAACCUGCAACCGGCAGCCGUCAAUUCCGGCUGCUUCCGGUUGGGUACGAUCGUGCACGAACUCAUUCACGGGAUCGGAUUCCGGCAUAUGCAGAGUGCCCACGAUCGGGACGAAUGGGUGCAGAUCGUGUGGGAUAACAUUCAACCGGGUCGGGAGAAUAACUUCCGCCUGUACGGACCGGAAGUGGUAAGCCAUUUCGGAACGGACUACGACUAUGGAAGCGUGAUGCACUACAGCUCGACUGCCUUUAGCAUCAAUGGGGAGAAAACCAUUGUGCCGUUGAGGGAAACAGACAAAGUGAUGGGUCAGCGGAAUGGAAUGAGCGAGAUAGACAUUGUAAAAAUCAAUAGAAUGUACAAGUGUUUGGAAAAGAACUGAGAGUGAUCAAAACUGGUAAAUUACGGCUGAAAAAAGAGCUACUGAACUAAA